AGUGAAAUGUUCUGACAAUUUGGAAGUAGCAUGACAGUUCCUCCUACGCCCUGGACUCCAGUUUUAUAUCUUAUAUAAAUUUAUAUAGGAUAUAUAUAUCUCUUAUAUAUCUUUAUGUCUUAUGCUCUUUAUACAUUUGAACUGAGAUACUUCAAUCAGCAUUUCCCCGUUACCAUCAACAGUAGAGAGUUGCCACUGUCACAGAGGAUUACACUUUGGGUACCUAUUCUGUGCUGUCUGCUUAUUGCUUCAAAAAAUAAGUCCUUAUUUGAAAUAAUGCUUUAUACCUUGUAUCAAACAGAAGUUACUGGGAAAAACAAUAGUGAAGGGUCGACAGAUCCCCAGUGUCAGAAGUGCAGAGAUGCAUCUUAAGAAUUAUUUAGCAACCUAAAGCCUGCUGCAGAAAUUGCCCAGUCUACCAAGCUAUGCAUUUUUACGUAUUCUUACAGCAAUCAGCAAGUGAGCCAUCUGCAGCCUCAGACGCCUCGAUGACUGGUUUUGUUGAGGUAUUCAGUUUCCCUUCAUGUUAAACCAUUUUAUGUUCUAGUUGUAGGAACUUGAAUUGUUUUCUAUUUGAUUUCCAGAAACCAGAAAACCGGUGAAACCAGUACUAUAAGACUUACUAUCCUCGUACAGUCCAGGGUAAUAAAACAGCAAUAGUCGUGGCCAGAUUUAUUUCUGUAUCUGUAUAUAAAGUUGUUUCUUUCAAGAAGUGGGAGUGCUAGUCAAAUGCCAUAGCAGGUAUGUCCAUACAGGCCUAUUAACAAUCAUCCAUUUGGUGCUCAGUUGUCUAGACAAGUCUGCAUCAGAUUGUUGUGCCACACAUGGUCUGGUUGUGAAAUGGAGAUGUAAGAACUACAUAGUUCCCAAUUUACAACAGUCGCUGUGCAAGCCUAUUCUGUUGAAAGCAGAGGCAUUCAUCAGUGAUGAACAUCUCUGAUGUGCAGCUGUGCUUGCACUCCUCUUUUAGGCACUGUUGUAGAGAACACUGACACAACAGGAGUAAUCAAACUGCACUUUAACGAAAUGGCCAAUUUUCGUACAUUUUCAAGACUUCUGUAGUAGACAGACCCUACAAAAACCUAACUGCUGUGAUGCAAUACCUUCCUGCACUCCUCACAUAUGGGGACACUUUAUGUGCCUUUUCAGUGUCUUUUUUCACCCCGCAUCUCUCUCUUUAAACACUUGGCAGCAUUACACAUUUGCAUGAGAAAAGAUUUUAUUUUUAAGAUGCAAAGCUGCUUGUGACUGCUCAUAGAUGUGAAAAAUUAGAUUAACGAAAUACAUUUUUUUUUCUUACUGCUAACGUACUAACAACAACAAUGGAGAAAGUAUAUUUGCUUCAGCCAGGCAGUGAUACUGACCAUUGCUACAGUUACUAACUCCCAGCAUCCACAAAGGUACUUACUCGAUGGGUUCUCAGCAUCUCAAGGGAUCUCUAUAUCUUUUUAAGAUAGCAGAGUAUCAGGGCUAUAUUGCUAUCCUCAGUAGGAACAAAAAGCCAGAGUGAUUAGUCCACUGUUGCACAGAACUCUUGUGAUGCACCAGAUCUCCUACAGGAAUAGUCCAGGACCUUCACAUAACAUGGUCUUGUAACAAAAAUCCUGCAGACUUUAAUGCAGUAGUUUUGACGUAUUUGUGAAAAUCAAAUACACCCCUGAUCUGCUGUAAUGGCUCCAGUUUUUCUAGGGAACAGUGAUUUGGCUGAAAUCCAGUUUUGACUUUGAGAGCUGUGAAGGGACAUUUGGAACACAGAUGUGUGGAUCUCCUUUUUAAAUAUUUUUGCAAGCUUUGUAAGAACUAAACCCGAACAAGGAAUAGUCACAAUUCCAGUGCAUCUUCAAGACUUUUAUUUAAAGUAGUCCUAUACCUUAUUUUUAAUUGUACUCCAAUUUUUGCCAAUUUUGGUUAGAUGAUCAUCCCAAUGUCUAUAGAUACUAAUUGCUUUUUGUUUCUUAGGGAACACUCGAACUUUGUCAUGGGAGCUGUAGUAGCUGAUGACGGUCCAUCUGGUGUUAAAGCCCCUGAUGGAGGCUGGGGCUGGGCUGUCCUUUUUGGCUGUUUUAUCAUCACAGGAUUCUCCUAUGCCUUUCCUAAGGCAGUCAGUGUUUUCUUUAAAGAACUUAUCCGGGAAUUUGGCAUUGGAUAUAGUGACACUGCAUGGAUUUCCUCCAUUCUGCUGGCCAUGCUUUAUGGAACAGGUCCACUGUGUAGUGUAUGUGUCAACCGCUUUGGCUGUCGUCCUGUCAUGCUGGUGGGUGGCCUUUUUGCCUCCAUGGGGAUGGUGAUAGCUUCCUUCUGUACAAGCAUCGUUCAGAUCUAUCUCACUGCAGGUGUGAUUACUGGUUUGGGUCUGGCACUCAACUUUCAGCCUUCGCUCAUCAUGUUAAACCGUUACUUUGACAAACGCCGGCCCUUGGCCAACGGGCUCUCUGCUGCUGGGAGUCCAGUGUUUCUUUGUGCUCUAUCACCGCUGGGGCAGAUACUACAACAUGAGUAUGGUUGGAGAGGAGGAUUCCUUAUACUGGGUGGGAUGCUGCUCAACUGCUGUGUAUGUGGAGCACUAAUGAGACCUUUGGAGCCACCCAAAAAGUCUGAAGAUACCAAAGAGCCAGCUGAGAAGAAAGUGAAGAAAAAACUUCUGGAUUUCAGUGUGUUUAAAGACGGUGGUUUUGUAAUCUAUGCCCUAGCAGCAUCUAUCAUGGUGCUUGGCCUCUUUGUUCCCCCAGUUUUUGUUGUGAGUUAUGCCAAGGAUUUAGGCUAUCAAGACACCAAAGCAGCUUUUCUUCUGACUAUUCUGGGAUUCAUUGAUAUCUUUGCUCGGCCUAUUUGUGGAAUGGUAGCUGGUCUUAAAUGGGUUAGACCACGCUGUGUCUACCUCUUCAGUUUUGCUAUGAUUUUCAAUGGUUUCACAGAUCUCAUGGGUUCAAUGUCUGUUGAUUAUGGUGGACUGGUGGUCUUUUGCAUUUUCUUUGGCAUUUCUUAUGGAAUGGUAGGUGCUCUUCAAUUUGAAGUUCUCAUGGCUAUUGUUGGUACUCAGAAGUUUUCCAGUGCUAUCGGUCUAGUGCUCCUGGCAGAAGCUAUGGCUGUUCUAAUUGGUCCACCAUCAGCAGGAAAACUCCUGGAUGCAACAGGGAGGUACAUGUUUGUAUUCAUUAUUGCUGGAAUUGAAGUUACGACCUCAGCACUUGUAUUGGCCUUGGGAAAUUUCUUCUGCAUUAAGAAAAAAUCAGAAGAAACACAUACAAAAGAAGAAGCAGCAGAAAGAGAGGAAUUAAACAAAUCUGAAGACAAAACUCCUGAAGAUGCCAAGGUGGACUCUAUUGAAGUGGAGCAGUUUCUGAAGGAUGAGCCUGAAAAAAAUGGCGAAGUUGUAACUAACCCAGAAACAUGUGUGUGAGCAUGACAGGGAAUUGAAAAGUGUUUAGAAAAGAAAGAUUUCCAGUACUAUUUAUUUUAGAAACAGAACUAGUUUAGGGCUGGGCCAUCUGCUUUAGUAACUGGAAGCUAGUCAGCUCAUCAGAUCUCUUUGGAAGCUGAUUAGCUGGACAACGUCUUAUUGGAAAACCAGCUUUAUCAGUAAAAAGUGGAACAAUGUGAUUAUACUUUUUAUGUAAACUAAAAAGCUUUUAUAAACACAAGUAGGCUCUUGCUAUGCAUCACCAGAAACUGCUCACUUGGAAGAGAUAUAGGAAAAGUAUAUUUUAAGAAAAGUGGACUUAUAUAUAUGUUUUCAAACAAUAUUGAUGAAAUCGCUGUGUUGUAUGGCUAAAUAUAAUUUCCCUGUGUUCUUUGUGAAGGGAAAAGAGUUGAAGAUGGAGAAAAAUCUCAGGAAAUUAACGGUCUCCAUUAGGUUUUUGAAUUUCUUACUUUUUUAGAUUUUUUAGAUUAAUUGGCUCAGUCCUAAUUUAAUUUUGAUAUCUGUAACGUUGACUUAUGUAAAUGUAUUUCUGAGUUCUGUCUAAACCUGUAACCUUUGUAAUUAUCAUCUGGAAAUCAUGUUUGUGAAAAGGCACGUUACAGAUAGUGUCCUCAUUAGAUGACACAAGUGGUAUUCCGAGGUAGCACCGAAAAGAAAAAAAAUGAGCAGAAGCGAUCCUGACUGAUCUUAAGCAAACCAAAUUAGCCUACAUUUACAUAUACCGUGUUCAGUACGAUUUCCCUAGAGCAUUGAAAAAUAUUACAAGUAACAUGGAGAACAUGGAUAUUAGAUUUAAUAGAAUGUUCUGAAAAAGUGUCCAUUUUGUAUAUUAAAAAAAUGGUGCAAGAUUCCAGACGUCCUAUAAAUUAGAGUGGGUAGACUUAGGGAAGAGACUGGACUAGUUUGAAACAUAUUAGCCAUCUAUAAAAUGCAGUGUUAGCAUCACAGGAAGGUCUUAACAUGUUUGGUUUUGGUUUGUUUUUUGUCUUACUCUCUCCCCCCCCUUUCCCUCCCCCUAUUUAUCCCACUUCUCUAUCCUUUUGCUUAAUCUAUGGAAGUUCAAAGUGCCAUUCCUACUGGCUGAGGAAACACAACAGAACUGUUGAUCAUAUUUAUGACAGCAUUGCACUGAAAUAGAAAAGGGAGGCACAAGGAAAACAUUCUGGUUUUUCAUCCAAACAUAUUCAAGAAAUGUAAUUUUUUUUUGGUACAAAAUCAUGCUACUGCAUCUUACCUUUCAGAUCUGCUUAUAAAAAUCUCUCUAGGCUCUGUGACUGCAGUAACAAUCUUCAAAACAGACUAAAUGUAACAGAUCCAGUUUUCUUACUGGUAGCGAAGGAAUACUGGCUUUCAGGUGCCAAAAUUGUUCUGCUUAACAACUGAAAACUUAAAGACACUAAUCCCUUAAAACCCUAUAUCCCUUUUAAAUUAACAUCAUUAAUUGUUUCAUACUUUACCAUAUUUAACAGAAACAAAGUGCCAAAACCAUGAACUAUCUCAGCUACCACCUUCCAUUCUGGUAGUUUUUUUAAAAUGGCUUUGCAUCAUUAGGACAACCUUGUAGAGAAAUUGAGAAGUUAGGAUCGUGACUUUUAAAAGAAAUAGAUGCUACACAGAAUAAACCAUUUAUUUUUAUAUCACAUGUAGUGUGUCACUUUAAAGCCUUUUAUUAAUUUAGUGGCAGGAAAUGCAGUGACAUUUCCCAGUUACAAGAGCUUAGUCACAGAACUUAGCUCCAGUUUGCUAAAGACUAAAUUGAUACUUGAAACACAACACUGGUAGCUCCAAGAGGCAAGAGAAAAAUGGAAUCCACAGAGUAGUUUAUCGUAUCCCUAGAAGCUGCUUCAGAUGAUACAUGAAGACCUUCUACAGUUUUCAGAUUGCAGUUCCCUGCUCUGUUUCAAAAAGUAAAAACUGGAAAUGUUCCCAGAGGUAAAUUCAGAUUCUCAGCCAUUUUUCUCUUACUGUAGGCUUUUGAUCACUGGAUUUAUUUGCUAAAUAAUGCUACACUGCUAUCACAAAACUAAAUGGUUAUUCCUUAACCUCAGGUUUUGGCACAAUUUUAAGUUUCUGUACAUUCUGCAAAUUAUCUAGUGGCUUUGUAUGUGAUAGAAUAUCCUUUGUGCUUAACAUACUGACCUUCUAGACUGUGUUUCAUUUUCCGCACAUAAUACUUUUAUGGUUAAGCUGGAAACAAGAAGUGUUACGUUACAAUUUUAUGUGCUUGAGGCAGAAGAGAAGUUAUGAAGACAGUGGAAAGCCAUUUCAACAAGACACCAUAAAUAACCUCGUUAGUAAAACCUAGUGUUCACAGGAAGGGCCUUAUUGGCCUAUAAAAAUUUUUUUCUUUGACUCAAAGAUGAAUUACUCUGACUAGGACUGCCAGUGCUCUUGAGCUGUUUUCAGCACAGACCUACCACUGGAUUGAGGUGUUUGUAACAGCAGGAGAUGCUUUACUACAUGAGAGUGGUCAAAUCAUUAGACUCAUUUAUCAACUGAGAAAUAAAAGGGCUAGAUUUAAUUUGCUAGGAACUUUAAAAAGCUUUUACCAUUUUCAUUAAUUACAAGAAGCAUCACCACAAAGAUGAGAAGCUCCUAAUGCAGCUCUCUUAGCAACACCAAAACUGGCAGGCUUAAGAGUAUUUCAGAGUUCUGGAGUCCGUUAAGCUUCCUGCUCCCAUUCUGUCCCAUCCAAGGGUAACACCCAGGUGUGUGAAAGCCCUCUAUCUGUUCAGCUGUCUUAAUUUCCUUGGAAAGAGAUUGAUUAUAUUGAUGGGAAAGAAACCUCCAUCCAUGCCAGAUCCCAACCUGGACACCUGUUGGCCAGUAUGAGGCUGUGCUGCAGCAUGUAAAAUUGCUCCUAUUGACAAGGGUCACAAAGGCCUUCACAUUGAGCUCCUGUUUUACAGACCUUCCUCCUUCCCACACCAAGACAAAAAAAAAAAAAAGAAAAAAAAGCAAGCAGCAAGUCCUUUGGUUCCCAACACUGUCUAGCCAGGCUCUUUAUUUUAACUCUGUUUAUUGUGUAUUUAAUAUUUAAAUAUAUGUGUAAAUAAAAAUAAAUAUACAUAUGUUUUGUAUAUUUAAAUAUAAGGAAUUGCUUUUAAAUCCCUCCAGGUAUUUUGGUACAGUAUUUCUUUAAUCCCAACACCACCGAGAUCCCCUUAAGAGCAGUCUGUAAGAUGUGCUCUUCCAUAUAUUUUGAGGAUGUGUAUGGUCAGUCAUAAAGCAAUGUUAAAGAGACACUAAUACCCCAGGACACACGCAGGACAGUUUCAUGCGACAUCUACCCAGACGAACCUUUGUUCAACCUCCACCUGGUUAAAAUUUUAUGAUUUGAAAAAAGGGAGAGGAAAAAGGAAGGGAGUGCAGGUAAUGCAACUGAAUUGCCAAGCAUCCCAAGACUGUAAUUUGCUCCUUCCUAUUGAAACAAAUGUAAUUUCGUUAGACACAUAGUUGAUAGAUAUAUAUCUAAGUCUGUAAAGCAAACAGUCAAUGGAAACAAGUGCAAAAAAUCCAAGUGUAAGACUAUAAAAUUGCUGAAAGACAGUUUUCAUAGAUUAUAGCUCUGAAACUAACGAGCAGUCUUUUACUGAACAGGUGAGCAAAAUUUUUGAAGCAUUUUAGAUCUUCAUACUUUUUAUAAAUUGUAUACCAUAGGAUUUAUGAUUAAAAUACUGUAUGCUUUAUUGUGUAAUGGACCUUAGGCCCUUAUCUUCCUGAUGCAAGGAGAGGAAACGUGCAUAAAUGCCAGUGACAGAGACUAUAUAAUAAAGAGGUAUACAUGUGUAUGCACAUGUAUAUAUUGGCAUAUGUAUGUAUCGAUCCAUAUAUAUCAAAGACGCAACAGAGUAAAUACAGACAGUUCACCCAUUUAUUAUAGGCAAUGAGCAGAGUUAAAAUUAUUUCCUUCCUCUUCCUAAGUUUGCCUUUUGAAAAAUUCUAAAUAAAAUAUCUUGCAGCUAUUUGGAGCCUAGAAGACCUCAGUAGAACUGAAAGUGAUGCAGCUAUCUAUUUAAAGCUAAGCCAGUUCUUAAAGUUAAGACUUGAGAUGGUAUGAAGGUACGGUGUGAAGGACUGGACAGAUCUUGUGCUGGUUAAUAUUAAAUCCCAUACACAAAAACGUGUUAAACAAUGUAAAAUCAUUCUCUGAAAAGAAGUUAGAAUAUUCCCCUAAUCAAGCAAUCAGACUUCAAAAUUAAAAACCAGAAUUCACAUAUGCACCUUUGCAUAUGUGGAAUUUCAGCAGAAUGCAAACUCUUCCAUGUUACAGGGCUGAGUACUCACUCGUGUGUGUGUCCACCACACUUUCUUUAGGAUUAUGGGAAUACACCCCAAUUCUGUGCGAGAUGAAAUUUUGUUUCUUGUUAACACACUUUAAUGUAAUGUGUACGUUUAUGCUUAGAUUUUUUUUUUAUGCUUUUCUAGUAAACUGUUGCAAAUGUAGUGAAUAAAUAUCUGGCUGUCAAAAACCGUGGGUUUGAGAAAAUAAGCUCAGAAAAAAUAAUUUUAACACCCAGAUUUGGAAAUUGGCCUCCAUUUGCACACACUCAAACAGCUGUACAGUCAGACUGUUUAUAGAGAAGUGACACUUAGCUGACAGGCAGCCAGAAUUUUAUGUGGGCAAGGGGGCUGCUUUUGCCAUGACUCAUAGUUUGGCCAGUUCCAAAAUGGGUAUGUCCUUUUGCUGUAAAUGAUCCAGAAGACAAUUUUAAAGCAUCAACUAAUUUAAAAUAAGAGCUAUUACUUUUGUGCUGGUCUGUGUAAAAAUUAAUGUUCUCCUCUGAGGAGUGCUCCAGGUUUUGUUCGCAGGUGAAGUUUUAUAAACUACUAUGACUUACAAAGCCCUAAAUAUUUUGAGUAGUGACCUGCCACCAAGCUAUUGUCAAAUGCUGCUCUUUGGAGCUUGAAAAUUCCUAAGAAAAGCAUAAGAAUACGUUUAUGGUGGGGGUUUUUUGGAUCUUACAACACCCUACAUAAGACUGGCUCCUCAAGGUAUAAUCUUAAGGCUACACCCAAGAGAAUCAAAAUUAGUCUCUUCAAUAUAACAAGACGUACCUUUUGCUAUCCACAACGUUGACACCUACUUGUGCUUAAUUCUAAGUAUUUUGUGAGAAAUUUUUGAGAAAUCCCUCUAAGAUCAUCUUCAACUGUAUAUUUACACUGAAAAGAUCAUAGGUCUAGUUUACGCAAAACCCCAUGUUUGAAUAAAUAUCCGAUUGCCUUUUUUAUGCCAGAUAAGUUAAAUUGGUAAGACCUAAAGUGUAAUCAAUUUGCUAACCCCCCCUGGUCAGAUCACGAUGUAGAUCUGCUGCUUCAGGAAUCAAUGUUACCGGGUGGACUGAAAUGACAGAACUUACUAGCAUGCAGCCCAUCCUUGUGACAGAAAGUUAGAGUUUAGCUUUGCCUCUGGUACUCCUUGAGUCUGAGAGAGAGAAGUAAAAGGCCAUCUGCUGUAGAGGAAAAUGGGCACAACCUGAGUUGCAUACCUGUUAUUCCCUGCUGCUGGACCUGUUGGAAGAACAUGAUCCACCAAUACUGGAGAGUAAACAACCUUGACAAUAGCAGAGUACUGCAUGUGAGAAGCCGUGGCUUUGGAACGUAUUAUAUUUUAGCAGCUUUCUAAUGCUUCUGGAAUAGAGCUUGUCUUCGUGUCAGUAGGAAAAAGGUGAAUCUACUAAAAACUCAGGGCUCUUAAAAACACUUUGCAAGUGACACAGGCUGUGAGAUCAGGAGUCCUGUAUUUGUCUGAGAAAGUAUGGUAAGUUCGAGUAAAAAGCUACUUACCUCUGGUUAUACAUUGUUUGUUCCUUGACUCCAUACUGGCUUCAUCAUCUCAGCAACAUUCCAGCUGGCAAUGUUCCUUGCUACCCCGGAUGAACACUUCAUAGCAUUAAGAAAGGAUACUUCUUGCUCUGCUCACUCUUCAUCUAUUUCUCUUUCAGCAGUUUAAACCCUUUUACAGUAAGUCUCUGAAUCCAAUGAAGUAGUAUAUCUAGGUUUUAGUAUUUAAAAUUCUUAAACUGCAAAAGGCUUUUCAGUCUUGCUGAAAAACGUGUCACAAGAUCAAUUGUUGAAAAGGACAGUCAAACUUUAAAUACAAUUUCUUAGCAGUGAGAGCAGAGAAACAUUUGCUGUUUGGGGUCUUCUAAGAAAAAACUGUGUAUGACCUCAAAUCACCCCUGUUUAUGCUUUCCUUAAGGAUUGUGGGCAA